UGAAGAGAGGGACAGAUACAGAGAGAGGGACAGGAGAAAAGUGAGGGAAGUGGAGAGAGAGAGUGAUGGGGUGAGAGAAGGGGGCAGGCAAGAGAACGGACCAAGGGAAAGGAGGGAUCCGGAAAAAGAUGGGGAAAAAACACAGCCCAAUGUAACAGGAGAGCGAGGGAAGCGGAUGGAUGGAGAGAGAUUCAGAAAGAGGGAGAGAUAUUACAAGGGGGAGGAUGAAGAGAGGAGGUGCAGGGAGAAGAGGGACAGAGAGACAGAUCCCAAAAGGGAGGGAGGAGCAGACGGAGGUAGUCAUUCGCUGAGCGAGACAGAUCUCAAAAGGGAGGGAGGAGCAGAUGGAGCUAGCCGAUCGCCGAGUGAGACAGAUCUCAAAAGGGAGGGAGAAGCAGAUGGAGCUAGUCGUUCGCUGAGCGAGACAGCCCCAAGGGUGCCACCACGAGUCCAGAGCAGUGGAGAAUGGAGUAGUGACACAGAGAGGGAAAGAAAAUGGAGAAGAGGAAGAGAAAGUCAUGAAGAGAAGGAGUCAGAGGGAGAUGUGGACAGGGGGCAGAGAGAGUGUAGUGAAAGAGAGAGACCAGAUAGAGUGAGGGGGAGAGAAGAAGGAAAGGAAGAGACGAUACCAAAGCGCCCUGAGCAGAGGAAGAUGUGGUUAGAACCACAGAAGGUCAGAUAUAACAAAGACUCCUCUUUAGAGGAUGAUGUUAUAGAGCGAGAAAGAGAUAGGCACACUAACAGAUGGAGAGAGAGAAGUGAAGAAGAGGACAGAUCCGUGGAACAAAGGACAGGCAGAGAUAAAGAGAGGAAGACAGAGGGAGAAGGACAAGAGGACAGGUCGGUGGAACAAAGAAAGUCCAUAGACGAAGAGAGAGAAGCUGAGAGGGAGGGAGGGAGGGAGAGGUAUUUGGAGAGAGGGUUAAAUGUAGAUGAAGACGAUGAGACAGAAGCCUGGAGGAGUUAUAGCAGAGGAGAGGAACACCAGACUUACAGCGAUGGAGAGAGAGAGGAACGCUGGCAGAGGGAGACGGAGAGAGAGAAUGUGACAGAUAACACAGAGGGUGACAGAGAGGAAGAAGGAAGAAGUGAUAGAUAUGCAGAGUGGGAAGGAGAGAGGGAUAGAAUCCCUUCCUCUGAGGACGGCUUUAUCACUGUGUCCAGUGGUGGAGAAGAGGAGUUUGAGGACUGCAAGGAAUUCGUGGAAGUUGGGUUCACUAAUCAUGUUACCAGGCAACCUGUUAGCUUUCAGGGGAGCGAGGGAGAGGUGAAGAGAGGUGGAGGGAGAAGACAUGAAAGAGAGAGAGAAAGAGCAGAAGAGAGGACAGGGCAAAAAGAUGAUGCAGUGGUGGGAGAGGUGAAUGACGGAAACGGGAAGAAGCAACCCACCUAUGUAUUCUGUGUGAUUGGACAAACACUGCCCAGGUCAAAACCCAAUCAGACAGCAGUCCUGGGUGACAUGGAAUCAGAGCGGACCAAUCAAAAUCCUGGAUAUGGUCAUAGGGACAGUGGUGACAUCACACACCUCCCUCAUGAGAACCCUUCUAGAGAUGGAGACCAAGGGGCAGAGGAUGAGAGAAAAAUAGUGAGGGAUGAGAUCCAGGUCCCAAAGGGGAAGAGAACAGACACAGAAGAGAGCUCCAUAGUGGACGUCAGUCACACCACCCUAGAACGAGAGAGCGGAGAACGACUGAAGGUCAUGGAGGAGAACCCAUACGCUGAGAUAGAGCGAAGGAGGAACUCUGAGACCGAAAAACUCCUCAAAGAGUGGAGAGAAAGACAUGAAGAGUACACAGAAACAAGAGAGAGGGACCCAACAGACAGGAGGAGGAUAGAACCACAGAUCGGUCCAUCUUCACAUCCCAGUGGAGAGUACCACCACCAUGGGAUCCCUGUAGUUGACCAAGCCACCUCUGACCAGAAUAACCCUGUAGUGAUGAGCCCAGAGGAAGCUGUGGACAUCCAAAUCUGUAUAAGGGGAGCCUGGAGCACAGAAGAGGAGGCCAAGCGCCACUCCCAGGCCUCACACAUGAAGUGGGCCAAGAACGUAUUGAGCGAGAUCCUUGGAAGCUCGGAGGAACCAGCCCUUGGCAACCCCCAGCCAGAGUCACAGGGAGGUCAAGAGGUCAGCCAGACUACGAGAGGGACCGAGAGGGUAGAAGAGGAGCUAGAGGAAGAAAAGGAUGAGACGCUAGAGGGGGGAGGAGCCUCACCCGUCUACGCCACGGUUCAGAAGAGGAAGAAGCGUGGGAGGAAGUCGGUGGAGGAGAGGCUGGCUGAACUGGAGGCAGAGCCAGGGAAGCUGGAGGAUGAGAGAGGUACAGGGGAGAAACUAACAGACGUGCAUGCUGAGGCUUUCACAACUAUGCUUGGUGAUGGCAAACCCAUAGACAUGCAUGCUGCCCUGACCCUACACAAUACUCAUGGUGACACACCUACAGACACACAGGGAGAGGAGGUGGAGGGUAACAAUGUGUGUGCGGACAGACAAACAGACAGUCAUAUACAUAUCCAGGUAGAGAUGGUGACAGAGGAUGAGGGUGAGAUGGAGAAAGGGGUCGAAGUUGGGGACGAGGUUCAUAUACUGGAUGCAGAGAAAGAAGUGAAUGCCCAGAAAGAGGAAGAUCUGUUUCUCUCUGUGAGCAACACCCUGUACAAACCAACCAGCUGCCCCAGCCUUAUAUACAACCCUGAUUCAGAACAACCUAUCACCACCAUAGAGGAAAAGACAGAGGAAGAAGGGGAGAAAGAGAGGACUGUGGGAGAGGGGGAAGAGAAUAGUGUGGUAGAGAGGAAGCAGGAAAGGAGCAUAGAAGAUGGGACCGAGGACAGGGGUAAAGUGGGAGAGGCAACUGAGGAGAGGAAAGUGGAAAGGGAGGAGGAGAAGAGGGUAGGAGGGGAAGAUGAGAGGAUGAGGAAUGGCAAGGAAAAUAGUAAAAAAAAGGGAGGAGGGGGGAUGAAGAGCACUUGUAGCUUCCAAGAUUUGGGCACUGAUGUUCGGUAUAGGAGGCGGGGGUUCCACAAGACAACAGAAAGAAGAAACAAGGAAGGAGAAGGAAGAGGAGAUGCGAGGGAUCGCAGAACAAGAAUAUUCCAGGUGUCAGAUGAGGAGGAGGUGAGCGUCAACUGGGGAGACGUGGACCUGAGGAAUGUCAUGGAUACCAUCAGAAUGGAUAGGAGGAACUCCAAAUUUUACAAUUCCCAGCUCUACCAGCAGUACAGUGAGACGGCUCAGAACAGGGAGAUCCUCAGUCAGUCUUGCUCUGACGCCCUCUCCAUCUACGAGGAGCUCCCUGUCCCCCUGUCCCCCGUACCCUCCUCUCUGGCCCCCUCGCACCCUCCGGCACGCAGGCCCUUACCCUGUCUCCCCCCAGUCAUCCACCCCCACUCUCUGUCCCACUCUGGAUCUACCUCCAGUGGCACCAGUGCCAAGUUCCUACCCAUACCACAGCCGCCCCAGGCCCCAUCGGCCAGGCCUUCCUCUCCCCGCCUCUCCACCUCCCUCACCCAGUCCCCCAGCCUGUGGCAGGAGAUCCCUGAGGUCAGGAACAGUGCUGCGUUUGGGGAGCUGACUAACGACCAGAGACGCCUGCAGGAGGUGCAGUUUGAGGUUGUAACUUCAGAAGCGUCGUACUGUCGUAGUCUGGAUAUUGUGGUGGAUCACUUUGUCAAGUCUAAGCAGCUCGGGGAGCUGUUGACUACUCAGGACAGGAGCUGGCUGUUCUCCAGGCUGGCUGAUGUCCGAGCCAUCAGCCACAGUUUUCUGUCGAAGCUGGAAGAGAGGGUAGAAUCUGAUAUGAUGCACUUCACCGUGUGUGACAUCAUCGCUCGCCACUGUCAACGCUUCAAGAAGGUCUACGUGCCCUACCUCACCAACCAAUCAUAUCAGGAUGCCACUUACCAGAGACUCAUGGAUGAGAACCAAGGGUUCAGGCGGGUAGUGGAGAAGUUGGAACGCAGUCCAGUGUGUCAGCGCCUUCCUCUUCGCUCCUUCCUCAUCCUCCCCUUCCAGAGGAUCACACGAAUCAAACUCCUUGUGCAGAACAUUGUGAAGAGAACAGCCCAAGGCACAGAGGAGGAGGUCCAGGCCAUCAAAGCUAUGAAGCUACUGGAGAGGUUGAUCCAGGAGAGCAAUGACAGUAUUACUCAGAUGAAGAGCAUUGAGUCGCUGGUCUCUCUCAGUGCCAGAGUGGACUUUGAAUGCAGGACUCUCCCCCUGGUCAGUCAGUCUCGUAGGCUGGUGAGAGAGGGACCGGUGACUGAGAUGAUGGAUUUCUCUCUGAAGGAGACAGAGAGGAGUGUCUACCUUCACCUCUUCAAUGACUAUCUGCUGCUGUCGCUGCACAAAGAAGGGGGCAGGUUCACGGUGAUAGACCAUGCUCCGGUGUCAGAACUGCGAGCUGAGAACUGUCGGGUCAAACUGCACUCUCUAGAGAAGAACCUUUUCCGCCUCCACCUUAACAAGAAAGCCCUGCUACUUAGCACCGACACACAAGGUGAUAAACUGCGUUGGAUCUCAGCUGUUUCCAGGCCCCAUCCUGUUAUUGACUACUCUACAGCACAAGACUUCACACAGAUGCAGUGCGUCCGAGCCUUCGUUGCCCACCAACCAGAUGAGCUGUCCCUGGAGAAGGCUGAGGUCAUUCUCGUCCACCAGCAGAGCAGCGACGGUUGGGUGGAGGGGACCAGGCUGUCAGACAGACACAGAGGAUGGACUCCUGAGUCCCACUUGGAAACCAUAGCCAGCCUCAGGGUCCGACAGCGCAACCUGCUGGACGCUCUAAAAAUUACCACAGCCACGGCUGCAGUAUGACAAGCCAACCACUGCCUGACUGCACUAGUGGAAUCCUAGUCACUGUGUUACUGGGGACCUGUGGAUUUGGACAGUGGAUGAAACAUAGUGUUUCAGACUGGAGUUGUCCUUCCCGGCCUCACCCUGCUUAUUGGGGAUGAAUGGCAAGGGGAUGAAUGGCUUUAGAGGGGGUGCCUGAGAUGGGGGUGCCUUAGAGAGAGGCACUGGACUGACAUUAAUACCUUUAACACUUACAGGAGUGUCAACGUAAAUUAUUGAAAGGCUUUUGGAGGUGCCUGGGAGUGUCUAGGGUAGCCUUGUAAAUCGAACCCUGGCAAUGAAUGUCGAUGGACUGUUACAGGAUGUAUUGGAAAUCAGCCAUCUAAGAACAUUGUGGAUUGAGGUCCUGUGGCCCCGGAGAAGGACAGCAGUUUCUCCAUAACUGCUUUAUUUGGGGACUUUAAAGACAUGGGGCCUCCCGAGUGGCGCAGCGGUCUAAGACGCUGCAUCGCAGUGCUAGAGGCCUCAUGAUACACCUGGGUUCGAUCCCAGGCUGUGUUGCAGCCGGCCGCGACCGGGAAACCCAUGAGGCGGCACACAAUUGGCCCAGCGUCCUCUGGGUUACGGGAGGGUUUGGCUGGCCGGGAUGUCCUUGUCCCAUCGCGCUCUAAUGCCUCCUUGUGGCAGGUCGGGGGGUUUCAGAAGACGCAUGGCUCUCGACCUUCACCUCUCCCGAGUCCAUACAGGAGUUGCAGCGAUAGGAGAAGACUGUAACUACCAAUGGGAUAUCAUGAAAAAGGGGUAAAAAAAUACAACAACAAAAAUAAGACAUGGUAUGUUACACCAUGGCAGUGUUUUGCAAUAGAGGUUAUUGUCUUUGAACAAAAUGUUUCUAUAUAUUCAGGGCAAUGUAUUAUUUGUGUAUAUUAAAAAGAUUUAAUAAAUGUCUUAUGGUGGGUA